AUGGUUGAUCUUACUAAAACUUCAGAUGAACAUUUGGAAGAACUGACACAAGUAUUAGAAGAUAUGGAUAGUUUGGACAUGGAAUUAUUUAACAACUCAUUUAAAAAAACAAGAUCUACUACAAGUAUUUUCAAAGACUCCAAUGCACAAUUGGAUGGUGAUAUAAAAAAAAAGGUCAUAUUUAAAGAUUCUAACGAAGGUGAUUCAUUAACUGGUUUCUUAUUUGACGAGGAGAUUUUUUUAAAAGAUAAGAAAAAUUCACGCACAAGUGGAAGUAAGAGUAGUCUAAUAGAAGACCUGUUUAAGAUCAAAACACCACUUACAUCCGCAACAAGUAUCAGAACAAAUACUGAAUUGGAAUCAAAGCUUAGUUUUGAGCAUGAAGAUGUUAAUGAAUUGUUUCCACAGAAAACAAGCAAUUUUACAGCUAGAAGUAACAAUGUUUUCUUACAAAGUGAAUCUUCCACAGAAAAACAUGCUCAAAAGCUAAGAAAUGUAUCUAAAAACGAAGAGGACAUUCUAGCAAAUUUGCUUGGUAAUGAUAAAUUAGAUGUAGUAGAUGAUAAAUCAAGAAGGUCAACGUUAAAAGAGACUUUGUUUGAGAACAAACCUCGUUCAUCGUUUACUAAAAAUAUGGAAUCGGAAAAUUCAAUACACCCUGCAGAGUUCACAACUAUUGCACAGAAACAAAAAUCUCAGCUUGCUGAUCAAUCAACUAUGUCAACUGUAAAAGAAUUUCGUAGAGGUAGAAGAAAUGCAAAAAUCAUAAAUGAUCCUCUUGGUUUACUGUCCAUUGAUUUAUUAUCCGAACAAAAUCUUGUCCCGGUAAUGAAUGAAAAUGCACCAGCUAGAGAUUCUGUUGUACAAAGUUCUAAAUUAGAGGAGAAUUUACCAGAAUGGUUGGGCGGUACAAAGAAAUUACAAGAAAAAAAGGGGGCAGAGGUAAAAGACGAAGUAUCUCCAAAAAAUAGAUUACCUGACAAUGUUGAGAGAAUACCUACUUCUAAAGAAACCAUUGAAUCUCAGCAUUUAAAAAAUUCAAUAGUUUCUAAAACAGUCAAUGAAAAUAAAUUAGAAGGUGUACAGGUUCCAGAACAUUUAUCAUUAUUAUUUAGUACACAAUUUAAUCAACAAGCUGCAAUUAUGACUAUGCAGCAACAAGAACACGAACUAAGAACUGCAAAUGUACUGUCUCAACAAAAUGAACAGCUGAAUAAGGUAUCAGACGCUCAACAUUCCAUACUCCAUAAUCAAGAAAACCAAUUUAACGUUUUGUUGAAAUUGCAACUUGAAAAGCAACUUUUGUUAGAAAAACAAAUAAAACUCCAACAAGAACGUAUCGAUCAAUAUAUUCAAACCUUGAUGGCCCAGCCUACUCCAAUAUCAAGUACUACGUCCGUUUAUACCACCUGCAAAUCAGAUGAAAGUGAAAAGGAAAAAUGCUUAUUAAACAAAAAGGAAGAAUUAGAAAAUGCAAUAAAAGUAUUGCAGGUAGAGAAAUCCAAAUUGGAGAGUACAUUAUCCACUAUAAGUGAAAUACACAAUAAUGAAAUGAUAUAUCAAGCUGAAUUUUACGAGAGGCAAGUUUCGUUCUUAAAAGAAGGAAUAUUAAAAUUCGAAGAAAAGACAAGACAAGACGCAGAAAUAUUAGAAACAGAUUACAUGGCAAAAUUAGAAAAAUUAAGGAAUGAGAAAGUACAAAUGGAAAAUCUAUACAAAGAAGAAAUACAUAACUUAAAGAGUGAACAUGCUCAACACAUACAAGAAAUUAAUGAAUUACAUUCUAAAAAUGUAAAAUUUUUGCAAAAAGAAUAUUUGGAUGUAAUAGAAAACAUAUGUAAAGCUAAAAAGACCGAGGAUCAAGUAAUAGAAAGUAUCACAACUCAAAAAAUUGAUAUAGAGAACAUGUUGCAAAAAGCUAAUUCCAUUAUUGGAAAUAUGAAGGAAUUUAAAGAGAAAGUAGACGAUAACAAGAACAAUCUAAUGGAAUGUCAUGAAAAUUAUUUAAAAGUAUAUGAAGAUGAUAUAAAAGCCGAAAAACUUUACUUAAAAAAUCGAAACAGUAUUUUCGAAGGGCACCAAAACAAAUUUAUUGAAACAACAGAAAAGUUUGGUAAUCAACUUAUGCAACUUAUAAGCGAAUUACAAAAACAAACUACGCAGAAUAACCAGAUGCAAGAAAUGUUUGAAAAUAGAGCAACAAAUCUCGUAAGAGAAAGAGAAUUAUUCGAAGAGAAAGUAAGGUGGGAGAGAGAUUAUUUACAGACAUUAAAAGAAUCUUGGGUGAAAGAACAAGAAAGACAACUGAAAUUGCUUGCAGAGGAAAGGGAGGUAUUAACAACAGAAAAAGUACAAUUACAAAUUACGAAUAGACUCAAAAUUAAUAGCGACGAUAUUGCCAAAGUCGAGUUGGAAGCUGCUAUUCAAACUGCACAGGAAGCGAUAACCUCUGCGAACCAAGAAAAAUUAAAGUGGCAAGAAAAACUUAACGAGCUUAAUGUUCAUGAACAGAUCCUACAGGGUAAAGAAAGGCUGCUUGUUUCCCGUGCUAAGGAGCUUGAAAAACUUACACAGUCAGCUUUGACUAAAAAGGAGGAAGGAAUAAAAGCUUUAAAAGAUGCGAAACACUUAGAAAAUCAACAUAAAGAGAAACUUGAUUUGUUACAAAUGCAGUUUAAAGCAUUAGUGGAAAGAGAAAAAAGGAUUGAACAAUACAACAUCACAAAAGGACAAAUGAUUUCGGUAUCUUGUGAAACUGAAAAACCAGAAAGAGAUGUGAAUGUCUCGUAUAAUUUUCAAAAUAAAAUGUUUCCUUUCUCUGUGACACAAUCAACAUCUCAGAUGACUUCAGACUUCAUGAAAAUUGUAGAUCCAAAUCUGGUCAUGCUAAAAUUGAAUCAUGACAAUCAUUAUUAUUCUAUUACUUAA